GAUGGAAAAGAAAGUAAAGUUAGGGAUGAUACUAAUAGCAUGAACACGGCAUUAUGAUGGCUAGGGGACGACGGGGUUCAUUGCGAUUUUCUUUUCUCGAUAGAGAUAAUGUUCUCUCUUUUUUUGGAUUUGGUACAAGGACGGGUUGCGGAAUCAGCGAUGAUACCCUUCUCGGCGUUUCUCUCGAGGAGAUCCUCUUUCCACUCCCAAGUCCCGUCUGCUGUUUACAUACUAACUUGCUUGCAUUCCGGAGAGGUUUUUCUUUUGGGCAUAAUGAGGAAGGGAGGCCGGAUGUGUGUCUGUGUUACCGGAAAACGAGAUUUACAGCGGUAUUAUAUCCUCUUAACGACCUUACGACCAAGUUAUUUUUUAUCUAUUUGGGAAAAAAGAUGGGAUGCUCGUUCUCUCUCCACUUUAUACCAAUUUCAGUUGUAUUUUUACACAUAUAUCAAGACAGAAAAGGACAGACAGGCAGGCAAUUCGAGACGACUUACGACUUCUUCCCAGUAUAUCGGCAAGGCUAUAUAUCCCUUGUAUCUAUCCCAGUGCAGAGACAUGGCCAUAGAAAGAGGAACAUGUCCUGGUGGUGAUAGCGAACCCGGGAGUCGGACUGCCCUCAUGCACACCUGUGCAUGCGUACAUACCUUUACCACUCCUCUGAUGGGCACAUCCACCACGAGGAUCCGGUAUAUCGAUUGUUUCUCUCCCCCUCUUUUUCCUUUUCUCUUCUCUUCCCUCUCUCUCUCUCUCUCUCUCCCUUUCCCACCCCACCUCUCCCUCCGGGUGCGUGUGGGUGGGAGAGAGAGAGAAAGCGGUGCGAGCCGAGACACGACCCGUGGUUGGCCCUACUUCGCCGGCAACGGAGCUUGCGGCUCGCCCCCUCCACGCAGUCCUCCCACCCACUCGUCAUCCACCCGCUGCUGCUGCCACACCCACUGUGCGUGCGUCUAGGGCCGGAGGGGGGAGAGGUGGUGUGGUGCGCAGGUAAGAGACAGGUAGGUUAGGUAGGGAGGGGACAGCUCACAUCGUCCGCUGACCCUGGUGCAUCUCCCCUCCCCUCGCUCUCCUACGUCAGGUAGGUUUAGGUUGGGUACCUUGUCUCUCCACGCAUCUACUCUCUCUCUCUCUUUUUUUUCUUCUUCUUUCUUCUUUCCUCUUCCCCCCCCCUCUCGCCUACCCCCGCACUGCCUCUUCUUCUUCUUCCUCUUCCUCUUACUUAUUCUCCCUCUUGCUCGUGCUUACUUACCCAAUUCUCCAUCUUAUACCCACGUAUGCAUGUACCUAGGUAGGCCGAUAGAUAGGUACCUAAGGUAGGUGCCCGGGGGUAGGUUAGAUACCUAGGUAGGUGUUUGCCGGCGCAGAACGCUCCAAUACACUUACAGGCAGAA